AUCGUCGUGUCUCGUAGCUCUGUGAACGACUCUCCUGCACUAAAACAAGAUGACUGGACGUGGAAAGGGAGGUAAAGGCCUGGGAAAAGGAGGAGCCAAGCGUCAUCGCAAAGUAUUGCGUGACAACAUCCAGGGCAUCACCAAGCCCGCCAUCCGCCGUCUGGCCAGACGUGGUGGUGUUAAGCGUAUCUCCGGACUCAUCUACGAGGAAACACGCGGAGUCCUCAAGGUCUUCCUUGAGAACGUGAUCCGUGACGCUGUCACUUAUACCGAGCACGCCAAGAGGAAGACAGUCACCGCCAUGGAUGUUGUCUACGCUCUGAAGAGACAAGGCCGAACCCUCUACGGAUUUGGCGGUUAAAUCAUUGACCCUUUUUUUCAUAACUCAAACCAAUCGGCCCUUUUCAGGGC